GCAGUAAAAAGUUGUAUUUAAAAGAUAAUUUAACCGUUGUUACAAAAGUGAAUAUAUUAAUUAGUAUAUUAAGACUGAAACUUAUUGAUUAUUGAAUUUCUAAACAUUUUGAUUACCACAACUCAUUUUAGCAAGAUAAGCACCAACACUGUAAGAAUUGUUGUGCAUUGGUUAAAGGGAAGGAUUAAGAUGACCGUACAAAUGCUAAGAACCAUUGUCUUAUGCAAUAUGUCUUGGGUUGUGGAAGGUGUAUGUCAAAUUUAUUAUAGCAUAGUUGGAAAAAAGCUGAACAAUUAGUUUUUAAAUGUUGGAGAAAGAAAACAUUUUUAGAUCCAAAAAACCGGGCAAAACUUAGGUUUACAAAGUGAACUCGGAACAACUUGCAUGAUAAAUUUAGAGCUGAAUCAGCAUCAGGUGUUAUAUUUUCUAAGAAAUGGUGAAAAGAUAGCACUUUCUUUAAUUAAAUAACAGGAAACCUUGCUCUUAAAGGCAUCCAGCUUAUUUACCUGCCCAUUCCUGGUAGGACCACAUCCCAGCUGUCUCUAACAAAAGUUUAAAAGAACGGGUCUUAAGUCUGUCAUGAAUCAGAACAAUAAGUCCAGCACGCCAGGAUAUCAACAAAAAAAAACACUAAAAUUGAAAAUUUCACUAAACUUGUCUAAACCUCAAGUUAAUUGAAAUUCUGAGACCUUUAAAUGACCGAAAGCCUCAAUGAAUUAAGAGAAAAUGUAAAAAUAGAAGGGAUGAAUCAUUUCAAAAUAAACUAAACCUUUUCACAUUUUUGCAGCUGAUAGUGGUUUUAUACAAGCACGAUCCACAGUUUAGUAUUUUAAACAAAAUACAUCAUCUAAAGUUUCAGUUUCGAAUAAAACAUUUAUAAUAAUUAGGAUUUUUAAAUCCUUCAUUUUUUUAAUUUAAAAAGUAUAGGGUUACAAAUAUUCAAAGGUUAAUUGUUUUUUUUAAAUCUUCAGUUUAAAAAAUUUUACCAAUGUACAUUUAUUAAUAUAGAAAAACAAUUAAUAUGAAAAUAAAAUGUGCUUUUUCCCUUGCUUUUACUUCCCAGCUCUUAUUUACAUCCAUCCUAUGCAAAAAAAAAAAAAAAAAGACAUUUAGGAAAGAGAUGUUUGCAAAGCAUCACAACAACAUUUUUAUCUGUGUUUUUUGUGUGUUUCCAGUUUAACGUUUCCUUUUCCAAAGCUUGGUUUAAUUGUUGGACUGAGACAAUUUGCUUGUUUCCUGUAAUCAAUCAGUCGGUGUCAGCAGCAGCAUCUGCCUGGAGCUUUUUAUAGGUUGGUGGGAGGAACCAUAUCUACUCAUUCUCAAGCAAGCAGAGAGAGAGUUAUCUCAGUCAUAGUUCCUUUUUUUGUGUCCAGAAUAGAAGCACUGCAGACGGUCAUUACACCCAUUUUGGUGACAGUGGUUACGCAAAAAUAUAAAUGUCGAUCAGAAAUAAAAAUGCAGACUGGGGUUGCGUGGAGAUUCUUUGUAAAACGUGAGAAUUGUCAAAAAAAAAGAAGACGGGGAGGGGAGAAAAGCGAUUUUUACGCACGGGGCGGGCCCUUCAUUCUCUUCAAGCUGUGGGUGAGGGGGUCAGCCAGCUAAAGACAAUCAAAGAUGUUUGAGUUUCCAUGCGCAGUGGCCAGGGAGGAAACGCACACGCAGCUUUAGUCCCCCCCUCCUCCAGCUCCGACCUCCCCAGCCUCCCACUCUGCGGGGGUUUCGGAAGAAACUUGCGUUUGUUUCUGCCGGAGGAAAGCGGGGGAAAAGUAACCGGGACCUGUUGGCGAGGAUGAAUUACUCCAGGCCACAGACGUCGAGCUUAUCAGAGGAAGUGAGUCCUGCAGGGGUGAAGCUAGAAGCAGUGAUGGAGCAGCUUCAAAGACAACAAGAAGCCAAAAUGGAGAUGAACCUGCAGGAGAAACAUCUUCAGCUUCAGUUUGCUCAAAAAGCUGCUGCGGCUGGCACCUCCUGGUUCAGACCAGACUUGUUUGGGACGGCUGGCGGAAGGAUUUAUCAGUCGCCCCCUCAAAUUUUGAGCAGCGGCUUGAGAAGAAUGGAUUCCAAAGAAGACGAUGAAGUCUCAGAUGAGGAGGAACAGGAGGUGUUGGUGCCUGAGGAGAACGAGGAAGAGGAGGGAGAUGAGGCCAAGAAGCUACAGCUCCAGCAGAUUUCAAGCUUCCAGCCUUAUUCUGGAUGUUUACAGCCAAAAGCUGUGGAGCAGAACUCCACGUCUCCACCUUCAGCCGUCAAACAGGAGCAAGAGGAGAAGAACUUGUCGUCUUCUCCCGUUGGUCAACACUCCUUCACUUCCCCCAGCGGCUUUGCUGAAUGGAGCUACGAUGAGCCUUACAAACAGAGAGGAUGUGGGGUGUGGACUGAGGACAGUGAUGGAGGAAAACUGAGAGGAGAGCCUUCCCGAGACUUUGCCAAGCUUUAUGAGCUAGAUUCUGACCCACUGCGGAAGGGCUUUCUGGAUGAACUCUUUGUUUUUAUGCAGAAACGGGGCACUCCUGUCAAUCGUAUUCCCAUUAUGGCAAAACAGGUCUUGGAUUUGUACAAGCUUUUCAAGCUUGUAACAGAGAAAGGAGGACUGGUUGAAGUUAUUAACAAGAAAAUAUGGCGGGAGAUCACCAAAGGUCUCAAUCUACCGACGUCCAUCACCAGCGCCGCCUUCACCCUCCGCACUCAGUAUAUGAAAUAUUUGUACCCAUUUGAGUGUGAGAAGAAGGCUUUGAGUUCUCCUGGUGAGCUUCAGGCAGCCAUUGACAGCAACCGCAGGGAGGGCCGGCGCCCCGGUUACACCAACAGCCUUUACCGCUACUCCCCCACCUCAGGAUCCGCUCUGCUCCCCUCUCCCUCCAUUCAAGCCAACCCAACUAUGCAUAAUGGCCUAAGUGCAUCUGGAAGUCCAAAUUUAAAAAGAAACACAGAGGAGACCCUAACUCCUGUAGUACCCAGGUUACCUGCUGCUCUUGGGCAGCAGCAGCUGGCCCAAGCCGCCACACUGGAGCAUCUCAGAGAGCGUUUGGAUCGCGCAGCGGCUGGAGCAGCAACAGCCGAUGGUCCAAAGAAGAAAAUCAUGCGACUGGCAGAAGAUCAGCAGCGCCUCAUGCAGCAGGCGCUCCAGCAAAACCUGCUGGCUAUGGCGUCUCAUUUCAGCCCCAUGAACCUCAAACUCAACAAUGGCCAUGUCACAGAAAAAAAACAGGAUUUGUCUCUAAGCAUCUCUACUGAUGGACCAGCCAGCAUCAGCGUAUCUGUAGAGGUCAAUGGCACCAUUUACUCAGGUACUUUGUUUGCUCAGAAGUCGGCUGCUCCUGGUCCGUCUCAGACCCUGACUGCAGCAGGAGCGAGUGGGUUCAGUGCUCUACCCUCCUCACACAGUCCCUCUUCUUCAUCUUCCACCUCUUCAAAGGGCCCAAACUAAAGCUUUUACAUUUAAACUAAGUUAUAACCUUCUAAUCUGCAAGAACUCUGUAAGCACAUCAUGAGAGUUUUCCAUUCUAUUCUGAGACGAUUUAUCAAAACUUUUUCAAGUCAUGAGCACACUGGGGUUUCACCUUUAAUCAGCCAGAUUGACUGUAAUGUAGGUUUAGAUCUGUUUCCACUAGUGCCUGUUAGAGGAGUUCUAAUUAAUCGGUUUUGCUUUUUGUGAGUGAGUGUGAUUUGUCUGUUGGUCAAAAAAAAUCAGAGCUGAGUCUUUUUGGACUUUUUCUGCAUUUCUAUAGCAGACGUUCUGCUAUUAUCAGAAGAGAAACUUGAUUGCCAAAAUGCAGGAAAGUCAAAAAGUCUUGGAUUAGCAUCAUCACUUUAUGGAGUUUUGUUUUUUUAUUUCAUUCUGUCAUGAAAGUCUAGUUUAUACUUUUUGUAGGUAAUUUCAGAAAAUAUGCAUGCUAUUAGUCUAUUGGAAUUAUUCCUAAAAAGGACAUUAAGGUCACUUAAAUGUGGUUUUAUUUAACUUUUUAUUAUUUAAUCCUUUGUUUGGGCAUUUCUAACUUUUUUUUGCUGUGUUAAGUCUCACUUGUAAAUCCAAAAGUGAGAUGCUAUAUUUAUGCAAGAAACUAUGUAAAUAGCUUGAAGUGAAACAACAUUUACCUCAAACUGGCAUUCCAUUCUGCAAUGUUCUUAUGUUUUCAGACUUCUCUAACUCAUUCUAUAUAUUUCUGUGUUUGUUUUUUAAUGCAUAGAAUAUAUCAAAACUGACCUCAGGCUGUGGGCGAAUGAACACUGAAACAGUGCUACCUCAAUACAACUCAAAUAUGCAAUGCUGAAUCAUGCCUCUGUGUUCGUUAGGCGUGUGUGGACAAUCAGUCACACAAAUGUGAACUUGCCAACUGAAAAAAUGUAGAUGUUUAGUCCUGGACUUGGGUUAACAUAUUUUUGGCACUGUGGCUAUACAUUUACAAAGGAAGAAUUAUUGAGUACAAUAAUGUUUAUCUCCCCUUUCUUAUACUGUAUUAAAUGAGUAUUCAUUUAAAAGAUUACAGACUAAGGAAGAGUCCUGAGAUGGCUGCAUAAAAAAAAGUAAGUUCAAUUCAGAACAAUUUAACUAUACAACUUCCCACUAAGAGAGAGAGGAUGAUUUAAAAUGCUUUUUUUGGUGUUUAUUUCCUUUUUUUUUGCAAAUGUGUGCUAUCUCUGUUGUCUGUAUUUAAACUGCUGGAAAUCCAAUUUCCCAGGAGGAGUCAUCCAAAAGGGAUUAAUGUGUGAAGUCCAAAUCUAUUCAUAAAUAAUAAUAAAAAAAAUCACUAAAAAGCUUUAUUGUACACAGGGUGUUACUGUUCCUCUAUCACAGAAAAACAGGUAGAUUUACAUUUGCAAUAUUCUACCUUCAAUAAAUGUAUAUUAAGUACACUGAACAUUUUAUAAAAGUACAUGCCUGGAGCUAAACUUGAGAUUAAGUUUUAAAAAUAUCAGAUUUUCCACAUUUCAUUCUUUCCUAACUUUGAAUAAACACAUUUAAGUUAUUCAAUCUAUACUUCUUACAGUGUUCCAAAAUUUUGAUUUAGUACACAUACUGAGAGUCAGGGUGCUUUUAAUUUUUAGAAACCACAAAAUGCUACUUUUAUAUUGGCGUUGACUUGGUUUCCCUUUUUUCACCCUUUUGACGCUGAUUCAAAAAUGCUUAAAACCACUUCUGCUCCAAAAUUAAAUAAAUUGAAUGUGUAUGUGAAAACAAAAAUAUGUACAUUUUUUUAAUCUGGAAAUAAACUCAGGCAUCCAAAGGAUUAAGUAAUUUUCACCUGGUGAAGUGAGUUCUUUUGUUUGUUUAUGAAAACGAACUUAGUUUGGAUUUCUUAUGUGUCAGAAAGAAGAGAUAAAUCUACAAGUUUGUUGUUUCAGCAAAAAAAAAAAA